UCGUCUCCCGGACUCGGCGUAUUCGCAGGAUCUCUCUCUCUCUCUCUCUCUCCCCAAUAUUUGAAAUACUCAGUUCCCACCCUUUCCAAAUCUUUUGGGGCUUUCUAAUUUUAUCCUUAGCGCUCGUGGAGGCCAUGGAUACAGCCGAUUGGACAGAAGACGACGAGUGGGAGCUCAUCAACGAUGAUGGAUUCGUCUACAAACGGAAGAAGCGCCGUUUUGACCCGACAGCAGCCUCCGCCUCCGCCUCAACAGCACCAGAUCCAGCGGCCGAAGAGAAGAAUCGCAGAGAACGAAAGAAAAUGGCACUAAUUAGAAUCAAAAUGAGGUAUCAGAAAGAGAUCGACCAGUGGGAACAUUUGUCGAACACCUUGAAGACCAUGCAAGAACUAACCCGGAACCAACAACAACGGCAAGAAAUUGAGACGUCGAUUGAUCCGUCUAUGAGCUCGCCUCUCUUGCCGGCCCAGUCGUCAGACUCUACUAACCGUAGAAUCGUGGAUGAUCUCCUCAUUCAGGUUGAGGCCCAAGAAGCUAUAAUUCGCGAUGCUUCAAAUUUAUGUGACGUAGCUGAAGCUAUGUGCGAUUCACAACUUGAGAGAACAAAGCGAUCCUUCAUUGAUCUUCCAAUUUGGGCAGCUUCGCCGCGUGAGCUCUUAGCAUCUCUCUGUGAAGAUUGAGAUUAUUGUAGGAAAUCACCUAGUUGGUUAUUGUAGAAAGUUUCCAAUCCUGGUUGUAGUUGUGACAGUAAGGUUAGUGUAUAAAAAGGCCCCUAUCAAAAUAUGUUGUUUAUGUAGAUUCUCUGAUGAUCUAGAUUUUGAACUGUAUCCUGAAGAAGUAACGAUGAUUGAGCAGAUUUGUUAACAAUGUUAUGAAUGAACAUAAGAUACAGUUGAAGGAAGAUGAAGCCUUUCGUAUCUAAGAACAAUUUGAUCUGUAAUCUGGAGAGAAAGUUGAGUGAUUUGAUGGUGAAUACUCUUUGUAAUUAUGUUAAAGAUUUUGUGUGGCUAGAGUUU